AUGCUGCUUGGAGUGGCGGCGUUCGACGGCCCUAACGACACCGACAACGUGGCUGAAGGUGAAACAGGAGAAGAAGAAGAGAGGAACGUUGACGAUUCCAAAAGAAGCAGCUUCGGACCCGAAAACCAAGGACGAAAGGAACCAAAUCGCACACAAGUUGAUUAUGCAAACAAUAAAAAAGGGAUUAUGAGUUGCUGUGAAGGAGUCCAAGCUUCAAUCAGUAAUGGAGGUCAGCAUGUUGGUGACGAAGGGAACAAAGCUCAUUGCAAUGUGAAUCUUUUCUCAGGUAAGUUCAAUGGGCAAAGUCUUAUGAAGCCACACCAGAACCAGAUGGUCUAUGAUGCUUCACACAUGAGCUUUAGUCUGGUUUCUGUAAUCUUCUGUUGGAUUUGCUGUUAUAUGGCUAAGAGAGAAUUUGGAAGUGACGUUUCUGAGGAUCUGACAAGGGAGUCAUUAAUCGCACUAUCUUAUACUCUACCAGAUACAAAUCUUUCUUCAACAGACGUCACAAAAAGCUCAAAGAGCGUGAAGAAUGUUGAAGAAGCUGUAAAUUCUGAUGAAAGAGAGAAAUUUAGAGCUGACUUGAUCUCUAUAUCGUAUGCAGAGUCGCCUGACACCAAGGAUUUACCGGUUUCCAUUGAGAAAAACAAGGGUUAGAUUGUUUCCCCAUUUAUGUGAUUGUGUUUAUUUUGUGUGGAUCAUGAUGAACUUUUGGUUACAGCAAAAUAAAUCAGAUGUUUUUUUGUGACUAUUGCAAGUUAAUUUGUGUUUUCUGAAAUGUAAAUCCAUAUUGUUUGUAUUUUCUUUUCUACCUUUCUUUUUGUUGUUGUGCCACGUAUUUAGCUCCAUUUUUGUAGGAUGGUUAUGUGGACAGACACCGUAGCCCUCUCUUUUGGUUGGGGGUUGUAUCAGAUUUUGAUAACAAAAUUUAAAUAUUCAUACUAAAG